AUGAGUCAAGAAAUAAAUAAAGAACCAAUCAUCGGCGCCAUAAGAAUCUAUUUUGCGGAUGACUAUUUCUGGGCUCUAGAUAUCGAAGCCCUGUCAAAAUGGCUGGAAACGCAGAGUCUGAUUAUCAGCUCAGAUGAUUUACAUGAAAUCCUACGACUAUAUGCUGACGAAUUCGAAUUGAACGAGGAAGACGAGGGCCCUGCCAUAGUUAAACGGAGGAAGAAGGAGACUGACGGAGAAACAUUACCUGAUCGUAUGAGAGAGGACUAUAAAAUUCCUCGUGAUAUGGAUGAUGAUGAGCUAGAAGACGAACUAGAAGAUGAUCUGGAAGAUGACAACGAUAUUGAUAGUGAUGACAGCUUAGAAGACGCGUCAAUGAGACCUUCUAGAAACGCUGAGAAUGGAUCACGUUAUGCUGUUGCCAUCGCCAAAAAAUACCUUGAAACCACGUAUGCCGAGACAAUUUACGAAUUAGAAAAACACCUCAAUUCGCAGAAAUGCUUGACUGACCAAACAAUUGGAGAAUUACUUCGCGAUAAUAGGAACAUAUUCGAGGUAUUCACCGACAACGGGGUCGCUUGCGUAAGGCUUGUCAAAAUGGCACAUAUGUUUACAAAGGAUACAAAAACAAUGGCAAAGAGUAGAAUUACUCAAACAGAAAGACUACUCGUUGACUAUCUAGCCAAACAUAGCGGAUUACAAGGAGGCGUGGCAUUGCCUGAGCUAAUAAUACAUCUUAGAAGUUUUCGUAAUGCUAUUACAGACGAUAUAGAAGACUUUUUAAGGGGAUGUAAGUCUUCAUUCGAAUGUAUCGAAUCGGGAGGGAUAACUUACAUUAAAGUAUUGCCAGGCUCUAAAGCUCAGACCAUCCAACCACAUAUACCAUACAGCAGGCAAAGAUCUAGUAAAGAAUAUCUACUCCGUGUUGUACGCGAAUGUCUUGUCAAGCAUGGUUUACUGACCGUCGCCGAACUAGAAAAAAUGCUGACACCUCACAUACCGAAUCCGCCUAUGAAGUUCUCUGAAGUAGUCAUUAGAUACAGAAAAGAAUUCAAGACAAUGAGAGUAGGAAACGACACAAUGGUUAGACUCAGUACGACUGAUGAGAAUACCUUGAUGUACAUCAAAGUAUUCCUAAUGGAAAUGGGUCCUUCUAAGUUGUCUUCUUUAGCAGACUAUUUGAAACGAGAAGGUUUUACACCAAAGGUUAGAAUGAAAGAUUUCCUUGCCGGACUUUCCGAAUUCAAGUUCCGAGACAUGCAGGGAAACCUAGGCGUUCAAUCAACAGAAAUUGAACUCGCAAGAAGAGCUAGAAAGUAUCUUCGUGACAAGGGAACAGUAAGAGUUUCUGUUCUGGGCGACUAUCUUGGCAAGCACAGUCUCCCACCUAGGACAAAACUAACUGACUUUUUGGAGAAAUUCCCGGAAUUCACUUUCUCUCAAGCAGCUUCAGACAUAUUUGUCUCACAUCAGAUAUAUCCUCCGAAUAUAAUACCAGUUGAUUUCAUAAAAAAAUAUCUUCUUGUAGAGAGUAAACCAGCUGAAGUAUUUGCGUUAACGGCUCAUUUGAAUUGGAAUGGAAAAUAUCCGGAAUAUAAAGUUAUAGAAAUUAUAAAGAAUCACAAAGAGUUUACUCUAACCAAAUCAUCAAAUCAGUGGGUGGUUCGUUUUGUUGACGGAUAUAAACGUCCAGUAGUGGAAAAGAUAGAACAUUCAACGAUUGAAAACUCCGAAUAUGCAGAGUCAAAAGGCAAUCCUAACGACGACGAGUCAAUAGACUUUACAAGCAAUCGCAACGUUGUACUUCCUCCACGAAAACCUGUAACGUCCUACUCUAAUCAACCUUUUCAUUCCCAAAUUCCUCCGCCAACCUCAACUACCUCGACCAGUUAUUCUCCCACUCAAUUUGAUUCUUAUGAGAUGACUAGUACGCGUUCCGCGGGAGGAACAAGCUACUCUCCACAAACGUACCCAACUAACGUACAUGCUAGUGCAUUAUUGACUGAAAGCGUACUUUCAUCGUCAAGUGCUAAUAUCCGGUCGGCGGGAACGAGCGGUACUAUGACGAGUCGAACAGUUCCAGAACGAGUAAAAAGGGUUGAAAUCCUAGAAGGUACGGAACAUGUAUACUAUGAAGGAAGCAAUAUACCAGGAUUCAGUUCCAGUAUAGAGCUUGACAAUGUAAAGAGAAAUGAACACGAAGGUGCAGGCGUAGGAGAGGAAAGGAAAGGGAAACAUAGAAUGCAGAAUGCAGAUGACAUUUAUGUGGAGUCGAAUAAAGAAGAGUCCUCUCCUUAUACGAGAAAGCCCCAACCAUUUACGUAUGCACAAUGUCAAUUCAAUCCUCACGCCCACACAUUUCCAACUUCUACGCCUACUUUAUGGUCAUCAUCUCUCCAUCACCCUGCCCCUCUUUUGUCCCAAGAAGUUUUACAGUCUCACUUUCCCUCAUCCUGUAAUUACACUCAAUUUUCUACGUACCCGGAACCUACAUAUUUGAACUAUUCUGUUCCGUGUAGUACCAUGUUGAUUGGAGAUAGUGGGUCGGGAAUGGAACAUACACAAUUAGUGGUUUUGGAGGGUUGUGUUAUGGGCAAACCAGGGAUGGUAAAGCCAGAGGCAAUAACUUGUCCGCUGGUGUUAAGAUAUGAUUCGAGUGGACUUGAAUUUCCGUGUGUGAGUUCUUUUGUAGGUAACCAGGUUAAGGCUGGAAUUGAUGAGAUGGUGGGCGAGGAAGAGAAUGUAGACAGUGAUGAGAAAGAGGAGAAUGAAGAUGAUAAAAUUAUUGAGAAGAGAGAUAACAAGGAUAGCGAGGAGAAUGGAGAUGAUAAAAUUGUUGAGAAGAGAGAUAACGAGGAUAACGAGGAUAAUGGAGAUGAUAAAAUCGUUGAGAAGAAAGAGAACGAGGAGAACGAGGAGAACGUCGAAGUGAGGAACGAUAACGAGGAGAAUGAGGAAAGUAAAAGUGAUAAAGAGGAAAAUAAGGAACAGAAGAAGGAUAAUGAGGAUUAUGACAAUGAUGAGAAUAUCGAGGAUGAAGCGAAGAAACAUGAAGAGAAUGUCGAGGAAGAAGCGAAGGAAGAGGAUGACAAUGCAAAUGAAGAAAUGAAAAGCAGCGAACAGGACGACAAGACUGAUCAAGGAAUAAAUGAAACUACGGCUUUGAAGAAGAUUAUAUUUGUUACACCAUCAUCCUUGAAGAAAAUGAAGAAGGUGUAUCAAGACAUACAGAAUUGCGAAGUGAGGCCAUUGAUUUUCCUGGAGGAAGAAAUUACCAAAGAUGAUGUCAAAGCAUGGAUGGAAGCUAAUCCUGACACAGCGGUCGCUGUCGAGUGUAUGGAACUGGUGGAGGAGUUUCUUUAUGAGAGUGGAGACUCUGAAACAUUCAGAUUCUCCGAAUUUGCUUUGCAAUUAGAGGCGAAGGAUUGUUCAACGUCUCGCGUCAAGCAAUAUAUUGGCAAUAGAAUCCGUCGCUUGAAAUCGUUCUUUGAGAAACCCAAUGACAGGCAUGAUGCUUUCAGUGAAGCUUUUCAACCAGGGAAUGUCGUCAUUAUUGAUUUGAGUGAUUAUAUCAUAGGAGCAGUAUUAGCAUCUGUAUUAUUUAGGAUUGCGGUCGGCAUCUACACACGAUUAAAAUUCAGCGAGGAUGAUUCGAAUGUUGAGAAGAUGUUAGUGCUAGAAGAAGCAGAAAAGUACCUCACACCGACUUCGCCUCUAACACCGAGAAUCCAGCAAAUCCAAUCUCGCAUACACCACUACAAAACCAAUAUGCUAAUCUCCACGUCGAAUCCAACCCUACUACCUCCGCUCAUCUUUCAACAGUCGCAUUUCUUUAUAUUCCAUUACUUCUCGUCUCCUUACUGGUCAGAAUUCCUUACGACUCAUCUGUCACUACUAGGAGGAAACGCUGAUCGGUUGUCGAGGAAUACGCAGAAGUUAUGGAGCCCACGACAUGCUUUUGUACGUGGUUGGAUAGCGAGAGCAGGUGAAAGUGAGCAGAAUGGUAGGGAGGUUUGCAUUGAGACUAUUAUCGAGAUUAGAGAGUCUCAAUCGGACAAUACAACUUAG